AUGGCAUCUCAUGAUAACUUGCCCUCCACCCAGACUGGAAUCAUUCAACAUGAUGGCGGGGUUCUUCAAAUUACCGCUGGUCUUCCUAUCCCAAAACUCGGUCCCCACCAAAUGUUGGUGAAGACUGCUGCCGUGGCCCUUAACCCUUGUGAUUUCAAGAUGCCAUUGCGGUUCCCGACCCCAGGUCUCUGGGAUGGGUGUGACUUCUCAGGUACUGUAGUUGCGAUGGGAAGUGACGCUGCUGCACAGGGGCGAUUCCGUCUUGGAGACCAGGCUUUUGGUGCCGUUCAAGGGUCAAAUAUGUCAGAGCCAACUUCCGGGGCCUAUUGCGAGUACAUUCGAACUGAACCGGACUUCGCUUUUCAUGUUCCCAAGGGAAUGGAUCUGGUCAAUGCACCCUCCAUCUCUGGGACCGCAAUUGCAACACUUGGAGUUGCUCUCUUUUGGUCCCUUCAAUUGCCCGGAACACUCCUCACACCAGCAUCCAAAGCGGAGGAUGUUCUGGUAUACGGCGGAGGUAGCACUAUAGGCCUACUUGCAAUCCAGAUGGUCAAGCUCUGCGGCCACCGGGUAAUCACAACAUGCUCCCCUCAUAACCGCGACUUGGUGAUCUCCUACGGAGCAGACCUUGUAUUCGACUACAAUUCUCCAACUUGCGCCGAGGACAUCCGAGCGGCUACAAAAAACACUUUGCGCUAUGUCCUUGACCCAUUUGCGGAAGCCAAGACUCUGCGAAUGUGCUAUGCGGCUAUCGGUCGUACUGGAGGAAGGUACUGUGCACUUGAGCAAUAUCAAGAAAGCCUUUGCUCGCGAAAGACAAUCAAGCACGAACUAGUCAUGGGAGGUGCCAUCUCCGGAAAAGGUGUCGAGUUACCUGAGCCAUAUGGUAUUCCACCGCGACCUGAGAUCGGAGUUUGGGCUCGGUCAUGGUACUUAGAGCUCCAAGGAUUGAUUGACAGUGGGAAGCUCAAACCCUGUCCAAUUCAAACCAUUCCUGGCAAAUUUGAUGGCAUCUUAGAGGGGUUGGAUAUGCUGCGAAAUGGAAAGGUCUCGGGAAAGAAGCUCGUUGUCCCUAUGAUCACAAAAUGA